CUGUAGAUAUAUUUUUCAAACUUAGUUCACCCUCCUUUUUUUCUUUCUAAAGAGAAGACAAGCCACCAAAUUAGUAGCUUAAAAAAAUCAAAUCAAACCUUUCUUUCUCUUAUGAAACAAUCAUAUUCCACUGGAUAUAUAUACCUCACAUCCCACCCCCCAUAUAAAAUGCCACAAGAUCUCUGAGCUUCGUUCAUCUCCUCUCCUGUUUUUAUAGUUCACAUUAAUUAGCUUCCUCUUCUAAUGGCACAGCAGAAGGUGGUGCUGAAGGUCAUGACCAUGACUGAUGAAAAGACAAAGCAGAAAGCUUUUGAAGCUGCAGCUGAUAUUUAUGGAGUAGAUUCAAUUGCUGCUGAUCUGAAGGAGCAGAAGCUGACAGUGAUAGGAGAGAUGGACACAGUAGCAGUGGUGAAAAGAUUAAAGAAAGUUGGAAAGGUUGAUAUAAUUUCAGUUGGACCAGCCAAAGAAGAAAAGAAAGAAGAGAAAAAAGAAGAAAAGAAAGAGGAAAAGAAAUAAACAACAAAUUCCAAUUGCCACUAGUGAGGUUAAUUUUUCUAUAUUAUGUAUAUGCAAUGUAAUAUGUAUAUUGGUUGAGCAUGUACCUUUGAUAUACUAAAAGAAAAGCUCAUACCCAAACAUAACUUUAAUGUUGCAUCUUUAAGAAAAUUUACUGGGGAUAUUUUUGAACAAA